AGCCCAAACCCUAUUUUAUCACCGAAAAACGCUCGCCGCCCUGCCUUAAGAACCCAACUUCACCUACGUGCCCUAAAUUUCUCGAAGAGUCGGACCGCCAAAUCUCCGAUUCAACAACUUAUCUUCAAUGGGUUCCAAGCGAUCUGACUUUGGCGACGGCGCCAGUCCUGGGAAGAUUUUUAUUGGGGGUUUAGCGAAAGACACCACUAUAGACACGUUCGUUAAGUACUUUGGAAAGUAUGGAGAGAUUACGGACUCGGUUAUCAUGAAAGAUCGACAAACCGGUCGGCCGAGGGGGUUUGGGUUUAUCACAUAUGCAGAUCCUUCUGUUGUUGACACUGUUAUUGCCGAGACACAUGUCAUUAAUGGAAAACAGGUUGAGAUCAAGAGAACCAUUCCUAAAGGCUCUGCUGAAUCCAAAGACUUCAAAACGAAAAAGAUAUUUGUUGGUGGUAUUCCAACAUCAGUUACUGAAGAUGAGUUCAAAGGCUUCUUCUCAAAGUACGGGAAAGUAGUUGAGCAUGAGAUUAUCCGAGAUCACGCGACAAAACGUUCUCGAGGGUUUGGAUUUAUUGUAUUUGACAGCGAACAAGUUGUUGAUGACAUUCUAGUCAAUGGAAAUAUGAUUGAUAUGAAUGGUACACAGGUUGAGAUCAAGAAGGCUGAACCAAAGAAAUCCUCAAACCCAGCACCUCAUUCAUAUAAUAGGGAACCUAAGGGACGUGGAUACAGCGAUAGUUUUGAUGGAUUUGAUGAUUCUUAUGGUGGGUAUGGUGGUGGUGGUUAUGGCCCUUCUUAUAGGUCGUUUGGAGGACUUCCCAGUAGGUUUGGGGACUAUGGGCCAUAUGGACCUGGUGCAAGUGAAUUUGGCAGUCGCUAUGGUGACUUUGGAGGUGAUUAUGGUGGUUAUAGGGGAGGUGAACCACCUCUUGGUGGCUACUCUAGCCGAUUUAGUUCCUUUGGUGGUGGAGCGUUUGGUGGAGGAUAUGGGGGGAGUGGGCUAGGAGGGUAUGGCCGUGGUGGUGGUGGUGGUGGUGGCGGCUAUGGGAGUUAUGGUGGGCCAGGAGGCGGUGGUAGUUAUGAGUCGGGUGCAGGUUCAGGUUAUGGUGGAGCAGGAGGGCCAUAUGGAAAUAGGGCAGGUUAUAGUGGUGGCGGUAGUCGUUACCACCCUUACGGCAGGUAGACAAUUAUCCUUAGCUUCACUUGGAUCUUCUCCUCCUCCACUUUUGGUUCAGAAUCAAAUAGACAUUAAAAUCCCUUACAGCAACAAGACACUCACUAGAAGAUCAGCAGGAAUUUAUAUUAUUGGCUCCAUGCUUAGUGAAUCAGAGUCCGCUUUUGCAUUUAGCUAGAUAGCAGGAAUCAUCCCUAUAUGCUGUUUUAGCGAAACAAUAGAAUCGAAUCAGAAACCUUGUUAUUUGCGUGUAUUUUUUGUAAGGGAUUAUCGUUUCUUAGAUGUAUGUUUAUGAUUUGCAGAAGAUCUUAAGGGUUGUUAUUGCUAUUAGGCC